CUCGCCUCUCCGCCCGGCGCGCGCCUUCGACUGCCUUCCUGACGCCUCACACCCCCCGCUCUCGCUCGCCCAGCAUGUCGCUCAAAGUCCCGCGCGCGGGCAUGCCCAUCUUCAAGGAGGGCUACAAGGUCUCGCAGGGCAUCGAGGAUGCCGUGCUGCGCAACAUCCAAGCCGCCACGGAGCUCUCGUCGAUGCUGCGCACCUCCUUUGGCCCGAAUGGCAAGAACAAGAUUCUCAUCAACCACCUCUCGCGCGUCUUUGUCACGAGCGACUCGGCCACGAUUCUGCGCGAGCUGGACGUGGCGCACCCCGUGGCAAAGCUCUUGGUCAUGGCCUCGGGACAGCAGGAGGCAGAGCUGGGAGAUGGCUCUGCCCUCGUAGUCAUGCUGGCCGGCGAACUUCUGCACAAGGCGGAAUACCUCAUCACGAUGGGAUUGCACCCCUCGGAGAUCCUGCAAGGAUACGAGCUGGCGCGCGACAAGGCACUCGAGGAGCUCGAGACGCUCUCCGUCGCCACGCUGGCCUCUCCGCCGACGCCCGAGUCGCUUGCGUUGGCGCUGCGUCCCGCGCUCGCCUCGAAGCAGUACGGGCAAGAGGAUCUGCUUGCGCCGCUGGUCGCACAGGCCGUGUCUCUCGUGCUUCCCCAUGCUUCCGCCUCGGGCGCCGCCUCGAGCUCGGCGUAUCUCAAGGACUUCAACGUUGACAACGUGCGCGUCGUCAAGAUUCUCGGCGGCUCGCUUGCCGAUUCGCGCGUGGUGCGCGGCAUGGUCUUUGGCCGUUCGCCCGAAGGCGUCGUCAAGAAGGCCAGCGCCGCAAAGGUGGCAGUCUUUACGUGUGGCCUCGACAUUUCGCAGACCGAGACCAAGGGCACGGUGCUGCUGCACAACGCCAAGGAGCUGUCGACGUUCAGUUCGGGCGAGGAGAAGCAGCUGGAGCUGAUUGUGCGGCAGAUUGCCGAUGCCGGCGUGCAGGUCGUCGUGACGGGCUCGACGGUGGGCGAGCUGGCGAUGCACUACCUCAACCGCUUCGGCAUUCUCAUCAUCAAGAUUCUCAGCAAGUUUGAGCUGCGGCGCCUCUGUCGGCUGCUGGGCGCCACGCCCCUGGCGCGCAUGGGCGCGCCGACGCCCGAGGAGGCCGGCUGGGUGGAUGUGGUGGAGACGACGGAGAUUGGCGGCGAUCGCGUCACGGUGUUCCGGCAGGAAGAGGGGCAGACUGGCGGCAAGGCGCGGCCGCGCAUGGCCACCGUCGUGCUGCGCGGCGCCACGGCCAACCAUCUCGACGACGUCGAGCGCGCCAUCGACGACGGCGUCAACGUCAUCAAGGCGCUGACGCGCGAUGCCCGUCUGGUGCCGGGCGCCGGCGCGACGGAGGUGGCGCUGGCGCGCCGCGUGGCCGCCUAUGGCGAAAAGACGCCCGGCCUCAACCAGCAUGCCAUCCGCAAGUUUGCCGAGGCCCUCGAGGUCGUGCCGCGCACCCUGGCCGAGAAUGCCGGCCUCGACGCGACGGAGGUGGUGGCGAAGCUCUUCUCCAAGCAUGCCAAUGCCGCCAAUGCAGACGUUGGCGUCGAGAUUGAGGCUGAGGGACCGGAGUCCGACGGCACGACGUCGACGACGCCGGCGCAGAUCUUUGAUGUGCUGGCGGCAAAGUACUGGGCGCUGCGCUAUGCCACGGGCGCCGCGGUGAGCGUGCUGAGUGUCGACUCGAUCAUCAUGAGCAAGCCGGCGGGCAUCAAGGCGCCGCAGAUGGGCAGGCAGGAUGAGGACUGAGAGGGGGAGAGGGGGAGGGCAAAGAAAGGCAAACAAUGACACACAAAAGAUGCAACGCAUCACAC